CUGAAUGGCUCAGCCAAUUUACACUCCCACUCCAUGCCAUCAGAUGGCGGCAUUGCGCAGUAAAAGCCUCUUUUCCAGCGACACCGGAAGAAGAAGAAACCCCAAUAGAAGAAGAAAAACGGUUUCAUUGGCGGCUGAAAUCGAAGGUGGAAAUGGAGAAGGUGUUCAGUGAAGUUGUCCAAGUCAACGUUAGGUGCAGAGACUGCGAAGAAAGAAAAGCACAUAUUCGCGUCGCGGUUGAGCUCCAAUCAAGUAAAAGUGCAGUUCACAAACGAGACCUUCUGGUGAGAUUAACAGACGAUGUGGAUCCAUCUUUUCUCUUCAACCUCACCAUUUCAGAGGAGGAUUUUCAAAGUUUGAAAGUGCAGCAGGACCUACUCACUGAUUUUACAUCAUUCCCCGAAAAGCUGAUUGAACUACUUAAUCUGUGUCAGUCCGAGCAGCAUUCCAGUCAUCCAAGGUUCCAGUUGCUCCUGUCAUGUGACUCUGCCUCACUUGAAGGCCUCGCCCACUUCAGGGUGGUGGAGAGAAAUUUCUUCCGACACCUGAACCACCUAUCUCUGAGGCUUACUCAGGGCUCCGACAAACAAACCAAGGACUAUCUGGCAGGGUGUCUGUCUUCUCUUAAGGCGGAAAAACAAGCCCUGGAGGUGAAACUUCAAAAAACUGAAGAGGAUCUGUCCAGACAGCUGAAUUACGCUCAGCAGACUCUGUCAGAGAAGACCAAGGAGUUGGACAAGCUGCGUUCAGAAUGGACCCUUCAAGCCAGCUCGUUGUCCAGCCGUCAUUCAGACGAGCUGCAGACGGAGAGGGAGAAGAUGGCGGCGUUACAGAGCCGACUGCAGCAGGAGACGCAGAAGCUUCGCCACGACCUGGAGAGCGCUCACCAGGGGAGCAGCCAGCAGCUUCAGACCAUCAGACUCCUCAAGACCAAGCUGGCGGAUGCCGAGGAGGAGUGCCAGCGCUCCAAGCAGCAGGUAACGUCUCUGAAGAGGGAGAACGGCUGUCUGGACGCAGGCCUCCAUGAGAAGGAGUGUCUGGCCAACCAGCUCCAGAUAACCGUGGCUGUGCUGGAGCAGGAAGUCAAGGACAAGGACCAGCUGAUGAGCCGCACCAGGGAGGUGCUGGAGGCCACUCAGCAGCAGAAGGAAUCCAUGAAAGAAAAGGCAGAAACAAAAGAACUUCAAGUCCGAAAACUCGAGGCAGAGGUCAAGUUUUUGUCUGAUGAUGUGAACAAGAGCGUUGAGAUCAUCAAGAAGUUUCAGGGUGAGUUGCGAGCUGUCCGGGACAAGAACAAGGCCCAGAACAUGGCGCUGGUGGCCCAGGAGAAGGUCGUCCAGGAGACCUCAGCCAAGCUUGAGUGUGCUCACAAGGACAUCCACAAGACUCGGCAGGAGCUCUCCACCAAGGAGCAGCAGGUAGAGAAGCUGACGGAGCAGCUGGAGGUCAGCCACAAGAAGCUCAACGAAGCCAAAGACUUGUUAAAAGCCAAUGAGAACGUCAUCAGUUGGCUGAACAAGCAGCUCAACGAGAAGGAGCUGUCCAUGAAGCCACUCCUUCCACAAGCUUUGGAGAGCACGUCUGCCUUUUCCUCCACUGGCCUUUGGAUGCACCUCUAUCCGCCAGCCCCCAAAGCGGCGGCGUCUCCCGUGGUGGCUCCUGACCUCCAACCAGUUCCCAAGCACAGCAGCGAACCUGCCGGUCUGGACCCCAAGUACUUUGGGAGGCAAGACCACGGCGUUCCCGUCUACUUUCCUGCUAGUCUGCUUCCCAGAGAGGUCCCACCUCCACAGAGCAAGGCACCCGUGCCCUCAGCAUAUUUUCCUAAUUAAAAACUAUUUAUUAUAUUCUAUGUUGUACAUAUAUUUACAUGUUUUUAUAUUUGACACACAAGUUUCUUUAAACCUCAUUGGUCAUAGUGACAAUAAAAUCUAUUCUAUUC